AUGUAUAUGAUAGAAAAAAAGUAUACUAAUGAAGAUUUAGAAAUUGAGCUGACAUCAUUUAUUGAUGAAAAGCAAAAUGUUUGGUUCCGAGGAAAAGAAAUAGCUGAGAUCCUCGGUUAUGUCAAAACCGAUCAAGCUAUCAGAAUUCACUUUGAUGAAAGGUACAAGAAAAGCUACCCCCUAGUUUCUAGGGGUCAGCUCCGACACCAAUAUUUCGUAUCAGAACCAGGAUUUUACUCCCUUGUAUUUAGUUCCAAAUUACCAGCUGCUAAAAAAUUCCAAGAUUGGGUAUUCUCCACUGUACUCCUUUCUAUCCGUAAAUAUGGUCAAUACAAACUAUUUCAUAGUCCCUGGAAUAAGAUGAUUAUGAUUAGCAAUGAGACUGACCUCCUUUAUAAAGUAGUGGACCUCAUAAGAAAAUAUUAUCCAGAUUCCAUACUAGUAGCCGGUCUGGGGGAAAAUCAGGAUACUGAGGAUAAGAGACUAGAUUGA